UGUGUGGGCUCCACUUCCGACUAGGGUAAAGCCUACCCUCUGGGAAACCUUUUCAGGUGACCUUGGGUUUAGGUAAUCAAUGCUUACUGGUGCGUGAACUUGUCACGCCUCCGGAGAAAUCUCUCGGGGGCGUCGUAACUACAUUAUCAAGGAGGUCCCUUGAUAACUGGCAUCUACACACUAUCGAAGUUACACAAUACCUUCUAGGAAAUCUAAGCAGUCUUUCCUUCCAGGUGACCUAGGCAUGCUACGCCCGCAGUGUGUAGUCAUGUCGUGCAACGAGGAUUCCUUGCGAUAGCAUUCCUCGGAGAACCGCAACUCCGCCACCGAGGACAUACUCCGGGGUGUGGCUUCGACACCCGAGGCUAUGCAAAUGCCUUCCAGGGCACUCUGGGCAUAAUCUGUCUUGCAGGUGACCUAGGCAUAAGCGGCGUCCGCGGUGUGUGGGCCUCACUGUCUACCGAGAUUACGCAAUGCCUUUCAGGAAAUCUAGGCAGUCUUGCCUUCUAGGUGACCUAGGCAUGCUACGUCUGCGGUACGUGGGCUUGUCACGCCACCCGAAGAUGUCCUACAGGUGGCGUCACAACACGGUCUAUCAAAUAAAUCCCUUGAUACGUAGCAACUACACUUUCGAGGCCGCACAAAUGCCUUCCAGGAAACCUAGGCAGACCCGCCCCCAGGUGACCUAGGCACGAUGUGUCUGUGGGAGUAUAGGGAUUUUGCAUGGUUAUACUAGCUAAGUUUUGCAGUCUACUGUUGGCUAUAAGAAGCUAGUUGUAGCGUAAAACAUAGCUAGGUUAUAUAACUGUUUAUGCUAAAUGAGAAUGUAACUUAAGUUCUACUGCUUCUACCUAGUGGCUAUCUAUUGCAAAAAGACUUCUAGCAGUAAGGUUGGAGGCCUCCAACAGACUCCAACCUGGCCAUAUGAAAGAUGGAUUACUAGGUAAACUACUUGGCAGUUAAUAGUGGGCGUACCUUUGUAGAAAUAAGGGCUCUAUUGCGAGGCUUGGUGGCCUUGAAGCCUGUGGCUAGGCUGGGAGAGGCGGUGCUUGACCCCCUCAGCCUUUAGCUGUUGCUCGGCCCCGGAGGUAAUCCGUCCGGAACUUGGCAACGGCAUGUUGGAGGCGUAGUCGAAGGCUGGUCGGAAGAGGCGGUCCUCGACCGCCUUGGCCCUUAGCCGCUGCUUGGCUUCGGAGGUACCCUGUCUGGAGUCUGGCGACGGCGUGUCCCCGACUCAGUUCUCGUUGCUGGGUGUGGUACCGUUGGUAGUAGGGUCGGUAGUGACGGUGCAGGGUUGAGGGGCUAUGGAUUUGCCCGGGAGUUUGCUCCAGGCCUUCGAACCCUGCGUCGUCCUUCACUCGCUCUUUCUGUGGUCAGGUAUUCUGCUUGCCUUCCAAGGUAUUCCUCCCGGAAGGUCAUGAGGGUGCGGUAGUUGUUGGUGUUGUGGCCGCGCCCUGGUCCGUGCUGGAUGCACCCGUGUGCCUCUGGGGGCGCCGGAGCUUGGAGUUGUCGCUGGGGUCGCUGCCGAAGGCGGUGUGUCCCGGAGCCUGUGGUUUCCCCCAGGUCUCCUUCCCCUUUGGGAGACCAUCGAGGCUGCCCAGUGAACCGACUUUUGGAGCUAAAGUGGUUCUGACUAUGCUUCCCCGGACGAGGUGGGCUUAGGGUUCCCUGCGCGCGGUUUGCGUUGCGACGGCGGCGUCAGAGGCGCUGGAGGGGUCCGCGCGCCCUGGAGCCCUCCAUCUCCUUGGAACCCUUUUUCGCCUGAGGGGCUCAAGGAGGGCGUUGGGUGGACAGACUUUCCGUAGAUGUUGGCUCGCUCGGGGUAUCCCAGGUGUGGUCGAAAGGGAUACAUUGGGACCAAGCCCAGGUGGGAGCACUCCUGGGUUGGACCUCCCAGAACCAUUGGAAGGCGGUCUGCUUGACUGUGGCUUUGGCCGCAUCCUCUCCUGAGGCGAUGAGGUCUUCGUCGUGCAGAGGCUAGAAGGCUUCCGCGCCGUCUGGUGUUCCUGUACCGACCCAGGGUUCUGAGUUGGCCAAGGUUGGAGGGACGCCGUCUCACACGGCAGCGGGGCUGGAGCAUGCAUACGGUGCGUAUGGCUUAGAUAGCCAUGCAUAUGGUUGCAUGCUUGCAACAGUGAGUAUGACGGUUUUCGCUAACCCUUUGGUGGUUUUCCUGGUGGAUUCCUACCUCUUUUAGCACUUCUGUGUUCGAGUCCCCACAGACGGCGCGCUGUUGGAGCAAGAGUUCGUUUUGCCCCAGCAAGUACGGUGAGGAUUUCUUCUAAGGAGGUGACUCAAGCUUGGAGACGAAGUUUAAGAGGGAGGAACACCACAGAUGUAUUGAUGGUAGAAAAAAUGGAUCGCUCUGGGAGGAGUAUCACAGCGUGACUUGGUGUGUUUUCACUUUUGUGUCUUUUUUGCUAUCUAGCUCCUCCUCUGCCCAGAUGACUAUGACCCCUUAUUUAUAGGGCCAUGAGUAGCUUAGCGUACAAGUUAUCAUAAUAUACAGAUAUUUGAGAUCUGACCGAAUUACUGGGCCUUAUCUUGGAUAUACUUUCUACCGUAUCGAUGGAGAUAAAUAUCCACCAUGGUAACUAUCGUGGUGUCAGCCCCUGGAGUGCGGUGAGCCGGUCGUCAAUUGCGACCCGAUGCCGUACUAUUAGGGGUGUCAGGAUAGCCUCCAUUAUACCGGAGUGUUAGAGCGGUGUCCAUCAGUCUAGGCUUUUAAUGCCGGUCACUUGCAGGGAAAGCACGACCAGUGCUCCCCUUCCGGUAGAUCUUUUCUAAACCUGUUGACUCACCUUGUAGCCUUCGAGAAGGCUGCCCGAGCAGCCUGAGACGGGGGCCUCGGGAGGCAUGGAACCGGGAGGUGAAAGCUUUGGGAAGCAGGACUCCGGAAGGCCGGGGCUUCUGGAGGCCGAAGCUUCGAGGGACCGAGCCUUCAGAAAGUCGGGUUUUUAGGAGGCUGAACCUUCGGGAGACCGAGCUGACUAAGCCAAGGGAAGGCUUCGCAGGUACAAAGAGGUACCGUGAAGGGAUCUGAUGACUUCGGAGGUCGACCUUUUAACUGAGGGUCCGAAGAUCAAGGCUCCGGAGGGACGUGGACGGUUCCUGCCGGUGACAAGCUGGGAAUUGGUACCUGCUGGCCGGUUUGAACCAGUCAGCAGAGGUAUGAAAGGCAGUGGACGUAUCAGUUGUAAUGGAAGAGAUGUUGGUGCUGGUCUGUAUACUAGAGUUCAACCGCAGGCAGAUAUGGAAACACAAAUACAUCAACUUGAGCAAGAAGCAUAUUGUUCAGUUCUUCGAGCUUUCAAGGCUCAGUCUGAUGCUAUCACAUGGGAAAAGGAAGGUCUCAUUACUGAGCUUAGGAAGGAGCUAAGAGUAUCUGACAAGGAACACCGGGAGUUGCUAAACAGAGUGAAUACUGAUGAUAUUAUCCGAAUAAUAAGGGAAUGGAGAGAGUUAACAGGUGGGCUUCAGAUGAAUUUGGUUAAUAAUGCUCAGCGUUCGCAUGACCCCAUGCCCAGUCCAACCACCUCUGCUCGCAAGAGGCAGAAGACAUCUCAACCUAUUCCUUCUGCAUCUGUAGCUGCACCAUCUGCUGUGCAUUCACAGCACUUAACUGUGCCAAUGCAACCGUCAUCUUCAGGAGCAAAAAACUCAGCUCCACUUGGCACAAAAGGGAAAAAGACCAAACCAGGCCAAAAGUUACCUGGUGCCCCCGCAGUCAAAUCUAUGCCAUCUUCUGUUGGUCCUGGUGGGAGGGGACCAAUUAUGAAUAGAAACACUUCUGGUAGCCUUCCUCCUGAAGGACCACGGAUAGAUCCAUUAAUUGGCCGUAAAGUCAUGACUCGGUGGCCUGAUGAUAAUAGCUUUUAUGAAGCUGUUAUAACUGAUUAUAAUCCAAUAAAGGGUCUCUAUUCACUGGUUUAUGACAUGGAUACAGAACAUGAGACAUGGGAGUGGGUUGAUUUUAAACAGAUGGCACCCGAAGAUAUAAAAUGGGAAGAUGAGGACCCUGGUAUAAACUCGCAAGGUUGUGGUGCUCCGGUUCAUGGUGGUAAGAAGUCAAGCAGUCGUGGUGGCCCCAUGUCAGGUGCCGGAAGAGGCAGAGGGCCCCAAAAGAACUCAUCUAGGAAAGAUUUUCCACCUUCACAAAACGGUAUUGGGAAGAAAAGUUCCAACCACAUAGAAAUACUCCAUACGGAAACACUCAUAAAGGAGGUGGAGCGUGUUUUCAGUGCAGGCAACCAUGACCCCCUUGAGAUGGAGAGGGCAAAGAAAGUGCUAAAGGAGCAUGAACAAUCUUUGAUUGAUGCGAUUGCAAGGCUUGCCGAGGCAUCUGAUGGUGAAAGUGAUGACCAUGCACGAUCUUUGGAGUAUAACCGUGGAUGGAGGAACAAACAUGGAGGAAGAUAUUUAGAUAUGGCAAUCGAUGGCCUCAUGGCUGGAGAUACAGAUGCCAUGUAAACAAUUGCGAAUGUACACAAAAUUCCUUGAUUAGUUUUUUUUUAUCUGUUGUAAAAUCCCAACGCUGAUUUAUUCUAGGUUUAGCUCUAGGCACUUCUAAUUUGUUCUAACGAAUGAAUCAGUUGUUAGGAUUACCUCUCUGAUUGUUGUAUGAAUGAAUCAGUUGUUAGGAUUA